AUGGAUACUAUAGAAAAGACAGCCUCGGAGAAGUAUCAUCAGCGUGAUGGUCUAUCCGAUAGCUCUCAAGCUCUGAUUCCCUUGUCUCAGUUGUACAACCCACCAUCUCCUCACAAAGUCGACCCAAGAGCAGACUGGGCCAUCGAGCAGGUUCGGCAAUGGCUCUACCCGCAUCUUGAGCAAAUGGGCGCUGGGAAGCUCAUCAAGGGCAUCGUCAACAAGGCGGCGUCCAUGUGCGCCUAUCUCUACCCAAACGCCGACGAUGAAGGCAUCUUUCUCGCCACAGACUUCGCGACUGUGCAAUGCGUCAGCGACGACAUCUUUGACAGUGCUGCUAUUCUCAAGACGAUCCAGGCGACUCCGUCGGGGCAACAUCUGGCUAGGGAUCUUCAGAAGUUGCGCGAUACUCCACAGCGGGUGGCAGACGGGAUCGUAUCCGUUGCGACAGGCCCAUUUCUCCUGGGAGCUAUCCACGAGCUUCCGACGCGCAUGCACAUCCGCGGCCGACGCAUCAACAAGGAGCGCUUUGAGGCAUGGCUGGCCAAGACAUGCGCUGCCAUGAAGGACUUUGGCAAGUCUCAUGCCCUGAUCUACAGCGAAGCGAAAAACAUGACCGUCGAAGAAUACGCAGAUCAUAAACUCCGCAACUGCGGAAUGAUCUAUACCGUUCUCUUCGUCGAGAUGGCAAUGGGUACUUUUCUCUCUGAUGAGCACAAUGCUAUCUCACGAAUCCGUCAGAUCCAGCAGCAUAGCGAAAAGAUUGGCUCAUUAUUAAAUGAGAUAUUCUCAUAUGAGAAAGAGACGUUUCUGGAGGAUACAAAUUAUCUGCUUGCCGUGUUGGUACGUACGGAGAAGAUUAGUCUAUAUGAGGCUGCGCGACGAGUCGGUGCGAUGUCGCAGAGACAUGCCCAGGAGGUCAAACGGAUUCAGAUUGAGAUUGAAGCUGAGUGUGACGAUGGUGGAGAGGACACUUGCCUUGGAACAAUGACCUCAUCACACGACCCUACAGCUUUGACUCAAAGCUUUCACUACAAAACCUCAACACACAGCUACGAUGUGAAAUGGGGUUCAUUAGGUGAUCCUAAAUCUCCUCCUCUCAUUCUUAUCCAUGGAACUCCGUGGUCGUCUCGCGUCUGGGUGCCUUUUGCCCUCUCACUGUCGCGUCAGUUUCACGUGUAUCUCUUCGAUAGACCUGGUUUCGGCGACACGCCAGCAGAGAAGAAAUUAGAUCCGACAAAGGCCAGCUCAAGCGCAAUUGAGGAGUAUGACAGCAACCUUGCGCGACAAGCAGAGGUGUUUGCUGCGCUCUUCAAGUCCUGGCAGGCAGAUUGGGCUCACGAGAAGGCUCACAUCGUCGCUCACGACAAUGCCGGUCUUGUGAGCUUACGAGGCUAUCUUCUCCAUGACUUGCCAUAUGCAAGCCUCUGUCUCAUUGACGUUGUCGCGAUCGGCCCAUUUGGCCAACCGCUCUUCAAAGUCAUCGCUGAAAACCCCCAACUCUUCGAACAACUCCCCGACACGGCCUUUGAGGGCAUACUAGAGAGCUAUAUCAGUGACGCAGCAUACUACGAACUGCCAAAAGAGACAAUGCAGAUGCUCAAAGAGCCUUGGCUGCGAGAAGGUGGAAAGCGAGGCUUCAUUCGUGAAUUGUGCCAAGCCAACUCCAGAUCGACGGAGGAAGUGGAGCCGAGAUAUGGAGAGGUCGGGCCGAAGCUGCUAAUCAAGAUCAUCUGGGGAGCUGAUGAUAAGUGGCUCCCUGUCGAGGUUGCGCACAGAUUGGGGAACGCGUUGAAGGCCAGCGAGAUUAUCGUUAUCGAUAAGGCUGGUCAUCUGAGUAUGAUUGAUCAGGGAGCGCGUGUUGGAGUUGAGCUGGGCUUGUGGCUUAGUACAGCUUUGAAUAAAUAG